AUGGCAGGAGGUGCAAAAUUGAACGUGGCUCUACAAAUUACAGGUGUUGAGUCUGUUGAUUCAGCCAUUACAAAGAUAUUGUACGGUGUGAUUUCCGCAACCGGUUACCUAUAUCAACAAUUUGCCGGUUUUUCUGCAGCGUAUCCGGAGUUGUUCAAUUUGAUUAUAUAUGUAAUUGCAGCAUAUAUCACAUACAAGAUAAUUCGUGGGGUCGUUUUAUUCUUUAUUCGAUGGAUCAAGACAAUUGUUAAAAUUUGUUUAGUUUGCUAUAUAGGCUUAUUGAUAACUGCAUUAUAUACCGGAGAAACAGUUUCAGAACUCUUUUAUGGAAAUAUUUAUGUUCAGAAUGUGAUCAGGAUUAUUCACCAAUUGAAGCUUUUGUCAGGCAUUUUAUAUAACCUGUACAUUCUUUCGAGAAGUGUGAAGACUAAUUCGGGAACAUAA